AUGAAUAUUUUAAACACAUUAAUUGUAAAUGAAAAUUAUAAACUGGGUAAAGAAUGUGAAAUGGAUAUUAAAUCCAUAAUAAUAUCUAAUAAUCAAGGAUAUACAUUUUACGAAUCAAUUACUUUAAAUUCUACAAAUUACUAUAUAAGCACAAAAGAUCCCAAAAAUAACUAUAUUAUGUUAAAAACUCAUGAAAUUGCCUCAGUAAAACAUAUUGUUAAAUCUAAAGAUGGGCAUAUUUUUCUGAUGGUCUGUAAUUUUAAAUCAUUACCUUAUUUUGAUGUUCCAAUUCCAUCUGAUAUAAUAGGUACAGUAAUAGUUGAUCUUAAUUCACAGUCAAGUUUAGUACAAUUAAGUUUAAAUGACAUAAAAUAUAAAUGUUUUUUUGUUAAUGUAUCAGAAAAUAAGGCUAUUGCCAUGACUUUAAGUCAUAAUACAUUUAUUUGA